AUGCUGUUGACUAUUAAUAUGAAUGAUCAGACGGCUACUCAAGUCGCAAUGUGCCGACGACGGACCGAAAUUAAUGGCAUCAUGGCACGAGAGCGGCAGGAGAUUUGCGCAACAGCUUUUAUGCAGCUUGGGACCAGAACCCCUUCAAUGAAGAAAAAUGCGUCUACACUCAUCCAGAUCCAAAAUAAUUUCCAGAGGCAUGGGCCUUGUACAAGACUACAUACUCGUUUGUUAGCAAGACAUGCUGCUAUUGCCGUGAACCAGUCGGUGAUGAAUCGAAAACGGUUUGCUCGCAAUAAAUGUACCAUGGCAUGGUAUUGCGACUUGAACUGCCAAAAAGCUGAUUGGAAGGCACACAAAAAGUGUUGUAAGAAAUUGAAACGGGGAGUCGAUCUCGUACUUGGAUCUGGCAAACGGAAACUUGUCCCCUAUCCUCUUGUCGAACAAACCGGUUUUGUGGAGGACUUUGAUGAGUCCAAGAAUCAAAUGAAUCAAGUUCCAGCGAAUGGCAGAGACCGUUUCGAUUAUGAAUAUGCCUGGGAAUACCACGGAGUGGACGAACUGGAUCCCACGAAACGGGUUUGGAAAAAGUAUCCUCCACUGAUAUCCUAUUCGAUCGAAUGUCUACGGGAUCUAGGCUCACCCGCCUACAUAUAUAUCGCCCCAACGACCACGAUAGUGAAGGCAUGGAACAAUUUGCGCCGUUUCCAAAACAGACUCCACCUGGCCGAGCAACACGACACGUAUAUUUUGAUUGUCUAA